AGGAUGAACUCCACCCAGGCUUCAUUCUUCACAUUAGCUGCUUACUUUGACACUGGGCUUUUAAAAUAUUUUUAUUACAUAAUUAUGCUGUUUUUAUAUGCAGCGAUUGUUGGUGCCAACAUGUUGCUCAUUGCUGUUAUUUGUCUGAAUAGAAGCUUACAUGAACCCAUGUACAUGUUCCUGUGCAGCCUGUUUGUAACUGAACUCUAUGGCAGCACUGGGCUGUUUCCUCUGCUUCUGGUGCAGAUCCUCUCUGACACUCACACCGUUUCUUCGUACUUUUGCUUUCUGCAGAUUUUCUGUUUACAUACGUAUGGAAAUAUACAGUUUUUUAGUUUAGCCAUAAUGUCAUAUGACAGAUAUGUUGCAAUCUGUUACCCUCUGCAGUAUAACACACGAAUGACAUUUUCCAGGGUGGCCAGUCUUAUCACUCUAACAUGGUUGUCUUCGUUCGUUGGGGUUCUUGUCAUGAUGUCUCUGAGUUUCUCUUUACAGCUGUGUGGAAACAUUAUCAACAAAGUUUACUGUAGCAACUACUCAAUUGUGAAGCUGGCAUGUUCUGACAUCAGCUUAAAUAACAUUUAUGGACUUGUUACAACAUUUUUCUCAGUCUUUGGUCCUGUUCUUCUGAUUCUUUACACGUACACAAAGAUUCUCAAAGUGUGUUUCUCUGGUUCUAAACAGACUCGACAGAAAGCCAUCAGUACCUGCUCACCUCACCUGGCUUCUCUACUUAACUUUACUUUCGGUUCCAUCUUUGAAAUACUUCAGAGCAGAUUUAAUGUUAGCAGUGCCCCUAAAAUACUGAGCAUCUUAUUGUCCGUGUACUGGCUGACAUGCCAGCCGCUGUUUAACCCGGUGAUGUAUGGAAUGAAAAUGUCCAAAAUCAGAAUUAUUUGUAAGAGUCUGUUGUUUCGUUCUAGAUCCCUCAAAGCUCAGGCUGAGUGAAGGAUGACUAUGUCUGCCAGCGAAAAACAAUGUCUUUUAAUUGCUGAUUAUUUCCGUUUUAGCUUCUAGAUGCAGCAUAAUGUUGUUGUUGUUAUGAGAUAAUUUUGAAUGGUUAGCAGAUCGGUCAGACCCAAACCAAGUUUAGCAAUAGUGCAGAUUGUCCUGAAGAUGUAAAUCUGU